GAGGCGAGAAAUUCAUGCCAGAACAAAGAGGAACACGUGGCAAACAUGGACGAUUUUCCCAACAUGCGAAGGGUGAAUUCUGUGUUCCCUCCGUUCGCUGACGAUGAUGAACUUGACGGCAAUGGCGGGGGAAACGGUUUCCAUUCAAUCCUGCGAAAGCACAAAUCUCUACCUGCUCCGAGGAAAAAAAACGUGCAGUUUGCGGAUGGCUGUGGAAAGCCUCUCGUCUCUGUUUACAGCGACGAUGAAUAUAAUAUUCACGUAGCUCUUCAAAUGACCAAACGCGAGCUGCAGCGGGCCAAAAAAACAUUACAUGUGCGAUUUUCUCAGCCGGUUGCCUCGGAUGGUUUUCGAGACAGACUGGAAAAGCAAACAGUUUCUCUCGAGAACGCCGUAGCUUCGCAAAAUUCCAUCUGGGGAACGAUAAAGGUAAAGAAUAUUUGCUUUCACAAAGAGGUCACUGUGAGAUACUCUUUGGAUGGCUGGGUUUCCAGCACAGAUCUUCAAGGAGUUUAUGUACCUGACUCUAAUGAUGGUUCAACGGAUAGAUUUUCGUUUGCUCUAACGCUUCCCGAAUACUUUCUAGCUUCCGGCGGAGUGGUAGAGUUUGCUGUUCGUUUUCAAGGGGAAGGUAUGGAAUUUUGGGACAACAACAACGGAGAGAACUAUCGGAUUGAGUGUCGAGAGUCGUCGCCAUCGAACAGUGGGAUCAACAGAAUGGCCAAUCUGUUUCGGAAGAACGAUUUUAAGUUCUGA